AUGAACCAAUUUGCGCAACAGAGUUUUGCCCGUUACCCUCCAACGUUUCACAAUACCGAAAGAAAGCAAGCGAAUAACGUUAACUCUAUUACCUUUUUUAAUGCUCCUUUCAAUUCUCCGGUCGUUCAAGUUUCCACAGGACCAAGAUACAAUAAUGUACUACCACCGCCUAAUCCUACCAGUAAUAAUAAUAUGCAUCCACCUCAUCUUCCACCUCUAAACCUACCAAAAAAGCUCGAAAAUCAGCCACCGUCACAUACGUCAUCUACAUCUUCGUCUCCCGAACCCACAAGCCAUUGUCAUCAAGCACAACCUUCUGAAAAUAAUGAUGAUGAGGACAAUGAGACAAAGCGCGUCAAAACACUUGAAGAAAAGCGUGCCAUUCGCUUAGAACGAAAUCGUAUUGCUGCUAAAGAAUGUCGCGAAAGGAAAAAAGCUUACGUUUUAAAUUUAGAGCGUAGAGCUACUCAAAUGGAAAAAGAGAAUUCGGUUUUACGUAAAAGAGUUCAUGAAUUAAAAGUUCAAUUGGAAUGGGCUGAAUCAAAAACUGUUGGACCUGUUGAAAAUGGUCAAUUAGAAGCAUUGGUAAGAGAUUUGAAAGAAAGGGUAAAAAAAAUGGAGAAUGGUGAGGAUUCCAAUAUUGUUUUUGGCAAGAUGGUUGGUCAAUUGUAG